AAAGCCCUUUUUCCCUGCAAAAUCAAAACCAACUGUAAUCUUAUACUACUUCAAAUUGCUCACCGUUGCAAAGGCAAAAGAGCUUAGUCAUGAUCGCCUGGUCAUAUAAUCAUACAAAAUGACCGAAUUCGCUCCUGCUAUCGAUCGUCUCUCUGCGCUUACGUUCUCGAUUCUCGCACUCACGAAUUAUAGUUGUUUGUAAGAUUUUCGAAAGACGCUUUCUCGCUCACGUAACUGCACGCACAUUAUGCGACCAUGGAGAUAUUCCGUCACACAAUCAUCUGGUAAGAUUAUUUUGCUCUACUGACAGACAGUAGUACUACACAAUCAACUUUAGAUAAUCAGAAAACAUACAUGUCCAAUGUGGGUCCCACCUAGCCUGGCCAACCACUUGCUUUGAUCCCAUUCUAGAGAAAGCUCAUCCUUGCAAGAAACGAUUGGAUGACACAUUCCUUCACUCAGGCCACACAGACCUGACUAUAAUAAUAAGGUGAUUAUGAAAUACAAGAAAUGGGAAGCAGAUGCCAAAUUGCAACUAUACAAUCACACACAUUAUAUUCACACUUGACACUAACACAGUGUUCCCCCACUCACACUUCAAAACUUCAAACCCUCCGGCCGCCGCAAUGCGGACUUUUCCGGCACUCCCCCUUUCUCUCCUCCUCCUCUCGCUCUCUCUCCUGAUUCUCCUACCGUCGGCCUCUCACGCCCACAACAUCACCCGCAUCCUGGCCAAACACCCGGAUUUCUCCACCUUCAACCACUACCUGACCCUCACCCACCUCGCCGAGGAGAUCAACCGCCGCGAGACCAUCACCGUGUGCGCGGUGGACAACGCGGCCAUGUCCGACCUCGUGUCCAAGCAGCUCCCGCUGUACACCGUCCACAACGUCCUGGCCCUCCACGUCUUCGCCGACUACUUCGGCUCCAAGAAGCUCCACCAGAUCACCAAGGGGUCCACCCUCACCGCCACGCUUUUCCAGGCCACCGGCAAGGCUUCCGGCACGUCCGGAUACGUCAACAUUACUGACCUCAAAGGGGGCAAGGUGGAGUUCGGGGCGGAAGAAAGCGACGGAAAACCCAAGGCCACAUACGUGAAAUCCAUCGAAGAAAUGCCGUACAACAUCUCCGUGAUCCAGAUCAGUCGGAUCCUGACCUCAUCCGAGGCCGAAGCCCCGACUGCGGGUCCGACCCUGAACGUCACCUCGCUGAUGUCCAAACAAGGCUGCAAAUCCUUCUCCGACCUCCUCAUCAGCUCCGGCGCUGUGGACACGUUCACGGACAACCUCGACGCCGGGCUGACCGUCUUCUGCCCGAGCGACGCGGUUCUGGCCGCGUUCAUGCCCAAGUACAAGAACCUGACGGCGGCCGGGAAGCAGUCGCUAGUGCUCUACCACGGCGUUCCGGUGUACCAGUCGAUGCAGACGUUGAAGUCGAGCAACGGAUUGACGAACACGCUGGCGACGGACGGAGCGAGUAAGUUUGAUUUCACGGUGCAGGAUGACGGAGAGGACGUCACGUUGAAGACAAAGGUGGUGACGGCGACGGUAACUGGGAUUGUUGUGGACCAAGAGCCGUUGAUUGUAUACAAGAUUGAUAAGGUCUUGUUGCCGGCGGAGCUGUUCAAGCCCGCCGCGGCGGCGCCAGCCGCGAAGGGAAAGAAGGGCGAGGAGGACGCGGAGGCACCAGGACCAGACGCGUCGGAUGAUGAUGCGGCGGAUCUGACAGCCAGCGAUAACGGGACUGCGAGAUUGUACGGUGGAGGUUUAGUAACGGCGGUAUUGGUGUUGUGGUCGGGUGUUUUCGGGUUGAUUUGAGAAACCAUGUUGAAUAAAAGGACUGCAUAGCAGAAAAAAGAAUUGUUAUUUUUUUUGGCCUUUUUUUUUUUUUUUUCUUUUUUCCUUCUCAAAGAGGAAAAUAAAAGAGUUCCUGUUCUCCCUUUUCCCUUUUGGAAAACAAAUAUCGAUUUCAUUAUUGUAUUUGUAAUUAUUUGUGUGUAAACAAAAUUUCAUUUUGUGGUUAGUGAUACUCAAUAAAUUUCGUUUA